AUAAUCAAACUAAUUCGUAUAAAAUGAAACAGAGUAGCUUACCUUGUUGAGAAAGCUAGAUUCUGACUAGCUUAUAAGUUACAGUUGCAGAAGGAAAGAGGGCAAAAAGAGUAAUUGGUGUACUUAAACUCAGCCAAUGCCACAGAUAAGUGAGAAAAGAAGGUUCUUUAGUUGAAUAACAGAAGAAAAAGUUGCUGCUUUUUAUUAAGUUUAUCCAUCUGAAUCUUCAUAAAACUUUCAAGUAUUUGUUGUUAUAAUGGUUUUCUUGGAAUUACAAAGUUAUUCUUUUUUUGAAUCAUAGAAUAGAAUAACCAUUGGGCUUGUUUUUUUGUGACUCUUUUUUUAUGGAAAUUGGAAGUGUAAAUGCCAUGUGGUGAGCUCAGAGGUCAGCACAUGGCUUUUCUCAUACUUCAAAGUGUUGAAACAGUAGAGGGGUUUUAGAAUUUCAAGAGAAUCAGUGACAGAGGAAGACCACUAGAUUAGUGUUAGAAAAAACAAAAAAAAAAUACAUUUUUUUAGGUGAGUCUAUGAAGAGGAAACAGCACAUCAAUUUAAUUCUGGUUUGUAGUUCUUAAAUCUCAUUAUUUAUAACCUACUAAACCACUUGUUUUUCUUCCAUUUUACCAAGUUUUUGUAUGCACUUGACUCAAGCUAGUUGAGAGCUAUAUUUUGUUUUUCUGAAUCUUGAAUAUGUAAUGUUUGAUACUUAUACACUCUUCAAUCAAGAUUGGAAGUGUCAAUCAUCUUAUUGAUUGUUCAUCAAAGUUUCCAUUUUUUACCCCCCCUUUUCUUUAUCCAACAUUUAACUUUUUCAAGUGCUACCUGAUUGGGUAUAAUAACUUUUCUCUUUUUGUUACCCUUAUUUCUUUUGCAAAAUCUUGAAGAAAAAAAAACCAAAUCAAAUGUCUUGUACUAUGUCUCUUCUCAGAUGCUCAAUACCAUGGAUUGCAGUUCUGGUUCCCCCAUACUUGUUAUUUGCCAGUUUUUCAGGUUAUGGGGUUGUUUCUAUUUCCAUCACAACUUCAGUUUUGGUUGUAUCUACCAUAGCUUUCACAUUCUCAAAACAAAAACAUAAAAUCCUCAAGAAAUCAUCAGUCCAGGAAGAACCUCAAAAUGUUAACUUUGGACAAGUUGAGGAAGUUUUAUCACUCCAAAAUCCAAGAAUUGAAAAAGGGGUUGCUCAGAAUGAGAUCUUUAAACAAGUUGAAGAAGUUUUGUCAGUCCAAAAUCCAAGAAUUGAAAAUGGGGUUGCUCAAAAUGACAACUUCAAACAAGUUGAGCUAGUUUCAUCAGUCUAUAAUCCAAGAAUUGAAAAAGGGGUGUCUCAAAAUGGCAACUUUGGUCAAGUUGAGCAAGUCUCAUCAGUCCAAAAUCCAAGAAUUGAAAAAGGGGUGUCACAAAAUGGCAACUUUGGUCAAGUUGAGCAAGUUUCAUCAGUCAAAAAUCCAAGAAUUGAAAAUGGGGUUGCUCAAAAUGAGAACUUUAAACAAGUUGAGCAAGUUAUAUCAGUCCAAAAUCCAAGAAUUGAAAAUGGGGUGACUCAAAUUCAUGAUUUAUUCUCAGAAAGUGAGAGUCUUGGUGGCCCCUUAUCUUCAAGUGAAGAUUCAGAUAUUGAGUGGCCAUUCUCAGGUGAGUUAGAGCAGAGUCCACUAUGCUCAGAUGGUUCAAUUUCUGAUGAAGAAAGCCUUAUUGAAAUAGCACUUCCAAGUGGUCAAUUUGUAAAAGAUACUCCCAAAUUUUCUUUUCAUCAACAACACCACCAAAAGGUAGUAUUUGCAGAUUUAGUACCACAAUCCAUCUUUCAACAACAUUGCUUCAUGGAUUUCUUGGCAGAUAUAAGUGAUGUCUAUGAAGAAGACAACUUGAUAGAGAUUGACAUAUCCAUGGGAUCCAUCAAAUGUUCAGGAUUUGAGAUUUCAGCAUAAAUGUGGCUAUAAUUUAAAUUUUCUUGAUGUCUACUUGUCUAAUACUAAUUUGUUUUUAUCAAGUUACUAAUCGUGGUGAAAUGAUGAAUUCAAUCAAAUGGUUUCAGGUUCGAGCUCCUGAUUAUAGAGUCACCUUUAUUAGCGAGCGAGAUUAUUUCUGGGGCUCGGAAUCCGAAAUAUGAAGUAGUAUUUGCUAAAAAGUGGGGAAGUUUCUCAAAGUUUUUUUUAUCCUUUGAUGGAUUUUGUGCUAGCCAAAUUACAUUUUCUAUGGUUGUGAACAGUGAAGUUUGUGCUUGCUAAUACAUUGAAUUUGCCCAAUGAAAAGAGACUUUGGAUACCAA